AUGAUCAUGCAAUGGUUUCAGGAAGAGGAUGCUAGGAAAAUCCUUAACAUCUCCCUUCCUAGCAGCCCAACACAUGACUCUUGGCUUUGGUUACCUGAGACAAGUGGGAAGUUUUCAGUGAAAUCGGCCUAUAGGGUAUUAAAGAACCAUGAUCCUAGCUCGGAAACGGAGAGGAAAUGGAAGAUCAUUUGGGGGACAAGCAUCCAUAAUAGGCUUAAGAUGAUGUGGUGGAAAAUUCUUUCCAAUUUUCUUCCCACCAAAGACAAACUUAGCUCCUUCAUUGCCUUACCUGAUACUAAGUGCCCCCUUUGUGAUGCUGAGAAUGAAAACACCUUCCAUUUGUUUUGGGAAUGCAAUUUCGCAAGAAUUACUUGGCUUGGAAGUAGAUGGGAGCUUAGACCGGAUACUUUUCAUCUCCAAUCCUGGGAGGAAUGGCUGUUAUGGUUCUCAAAAGGAGAAAACAAGCCACUGUCUCUCGAUAUUAAUCAUCUCUUGGAGGGGGCAGCUGUUAUCUUAGAGCACAUAUGGAGGGAGAGAAAUAAAAGAAUUCAUGAAGGGAGAUCCACUCCAGCUGAACUCUUCACAAGAACAAUUAACAGCCGUCUAGGUGAAAUGAACGCCUUACGCGAUGCUCCAAUAGGACUGCAAACAGAAUGGCAACCGCCCCCCUUGGGGUGGAUAUCCUGCAGUACUGACGUCUCUAUUGGAAACACACAAUCAACCGGAGCAAUUGUCUUAAGAGAUCACACAGGAACCAUCCUCAAGAUCAUAACAUUUCAGACAAAUUGUAGUGAAGCGCUCCCUGGUGAAACCCACGCAGUGUGCAAAAGAGCUGAGGCAGUGAUUCAAAUGGGAUACAAUAAUGUCAUCUUUCAGUGUGAUUCUACUAGAGUUGUUGAGGCGCUGAAUCCUCAUCACAUGGAUAUUCUGAGUAUGCACUUCAACAUUCAGGAAUUGGCCAGGAACUUCUCCUUUUUGGCUGGCAAACUCAACCUUUGUGAGGUCCAAUGGAUUCCAAGGGAUUGCAAUGGUGUGGCCCAUGCGGUGGCUCGGUGGGCAAAUCGGAAUAACAGGUUUGGGACUUUCGAUUUGUCCAAUUUUGACGAUUUCCUGCAACAUGUUGCUGCAGAUGGUCGUGUUGAUCUCUGA